CUACAGGAGAAGCUGAUUCCUUAGACGAAAGAUCUUCACAUGUAAUUUUGAAGUUUGAUGUAGCAAAGGAUGAACAAGAAGAAAAUUGUGGGGAAGUAACAGAGGAGACUGAGUGGAUACAAAGGCUGGUAUUAAAACAAUAAAAGAAAACAGAUGUGAAAAGGGUAAUUGUCGGAAUUGUGAAAAUAAUUAAAUUGAAGAUCUGGCAACAAAUGACACUUCAAAAGAAGAAGGAAUAUACUUGUGAGAGUGAAAACAGAGCAGCCUGGUGACUUACAACAAGAUGAGGUAAUUUCAAUGUUCAGUGAUUGUGAUGAUAAUGAUUUCAAUGGUUCAAAGUACAGUGUUGCAAAUGUGAAGAAAGAAACGGAAUUUCAAGGUUUGAAACAAAUUGGUUCUGAGUCAGAAAGUACAUCUGAUAUGAAGACCAAUGUAAACACAUCUUCUGGAAAUCAGUUUGCUGGUGAUCAUAAUUUAACACAAGAAGAUUCCUUUAUGAAAAUAGAAGUCAGCAAAUCUCAGAAACCAAACAGUGAUGUAUUUGAAAAGACAAAUUUAAGUGGAAGUAACCUAAAACAAUCUGUUAUGCCUUCUAAAGGUGAGAAACCAUACAGUUGUGUAAUAUGUGGAAAAGUAUUUGGAACAAAUAGUAAUUUAAAAAUACACCAAAAAAUACAUACUGGAGAGAAACCAUAUGUUUGUGUAGUGUGUGGCAAAGAAUUUGGAAGAAAAGGUAACCUAAAAAAACAUGAAAGGAUACACACUGGAGAGAAACCAUAUGUUUGUGUAAUGUGUGGCAAAGAAUUUGGAAGAAAAAGUAACCUAAAAAAACAUCAAAGGAUACACACUGGAGAGAAACCUUACAGGUGUACAGUAUGUUUCAAAAAAUUUGGAACAAAUAGUGAACUAAAAAUACAUCAAAGAAUACACACUGGAGAGAAGCCUUAUGGUUGUAUAAUAUGUAAAAAAAAAUUUGCAAGAAAUGGUGACCUAAAAAUUCAUAGGAGGAUACACACUGGGGAAAAACCAUACAGUUGUGUUGGGUGUGGCAAAGAAUUUGUAACAAAACGUGAACUAAAAAGCCAUGAGAUAAUACAUAUUGGGGAGAAACCAUACAGCUGUGUAGUAUGUAGCAAAAAGUUUGGAAGAAAAAGUGAAGUAAAAAACCAUGAGAGAAUACACACUGGGGAGAAACCAUACAACUGUGAAAUCUGUGGGAAAAAUUUUGGAAAAAGUACUUACCUAAAGAAACAUGAAAGUGUACACACUGGGGAUAAACCAUACAGCUGUGCAAUCUGUGGCAAAGAAUUUGGAACAAAGAGUUAUCUAAAAAAACAUGAGAGGUUACACACUGGAGAGAAACCAUAUAGUUGCACAGUGUGUGGCAGAGAAUUUGUAUUUGAUACAAACUUCAGAAAACAUCAAAAGAUACACGCUAGAGUUAAACUUUAACAGUGUGAAGUGUUUGAUAAAAACAUUCAGUGGACAUACAGUGGGGGGAAACUACAGUUGUGUUGUGUGUAGUAAACAAAUUUGAAAUUAUAAUCAUCUUAAUAAAACACUAGAGGAAUCAUACGGAAGGGAAAGUAACGAAAUAUGAAAUUUUUAGUUAUAGUGUACUGUUGUGACAGGGAACACUUGCAUAGUUUUUCUGUAAAAUCACACCAGUAUGGUAUGUGAAAAAGUAUGUGGAACCCUAAAACAUUAGUAGCUACAAACUGUAAAGAAAGCAUCUAGGUAUGAUAUCUGUAGCUAGGACUUUUAAGGUGUUCUGCAUGUAGAAAAGCACCAAAAAGAAAAUAACUAAAAUGUAUGAAGGUGUUACAAAGGACUUGAGAGAAAAAUAAAAGUUAAAUGUCAUUCGACUCAUUGUACAUAAUGUAAAUAAAAUUCUUGUAAUGCUUGUCAGUUGUAGGGUGAAGAAAAUUUAAUAAUUACCAGAAUAUUUUUAUACCUAAAACUGAAGAGUUGUUUGUAUUUAACAACAAAUUGAUUGACUUUUUAAUGUUAACAGAUUAUUUAAUUAUUUCAUGUGAGUUUUACAUAAUGCAACUAUUACAUGGUCGGGGUUUGGUGUUUUUGAAGUGAUGGUUAUUUCUUUUUCUCAAGUAAAUCCUACAACAGUUAUGUAUUUCUGAUAAAACUAUUGCAACUGGACACCAAUCAUUAUUUUAGUGCCUAGUAGUCAGCUUGCCAGACAAUAGGUCUGAAGACUAUAUGAUUCAUAACAAGCGCUGAUGAUGAGUGGUGUUGACUAGCUGUCUUCCACUUAGUCUUAUCACUUCAAAGUUAGGGACAGAUAGUUCACAUAGCCCUCACGUAGCUUUACGUGAAAUUUAACAACCAAGUGAUCAUGGUUAAUAGCAUAUACAAUAAAAUAUACAAUAAUUUAACAAUUAAUUGGUGAUUUGCUAACUUUUCUAUUAUUUCAAUCACUAAUUACAAAUUAGCUUUGACACUAUAUUUUAUUAGGAAGUCUUGGAAAGAAAUUCACAUCGUGAAAAAAAGUGGAUUCAAACCCAUGUGUUCUUGUUAUAAAGAUAUGGGUAAUAAACACUUAUAUGGGCUCUUGCCACAUUUGGACUUAAUCCAGUUUACUAUUCAGAUGUGUUUAUUUUUAAAUGGAAAGACUAGGUUUAGCUAGUUUUUGUGCUAGGCGUUAUCUUUUUAUUGUUUUUUCUUUUAUGUGUAUUUUAUAGCCAUUAUUUUAAUAGUAUUAUACUUAGUUGUGUGAUCCUUUUCUUUGACAAAAUGUGCUGUUCCAGAUAGAUCUGUGUUAUAGUCUUGUGUACAUGUUGUGCUCUUGAAUUCUUACUACAUUAGUUUUCUCCCUGUCAGUUCUUGAGGUGAUGUGGUAUGCACUGACUGCUAUAUUAUUCUGUUGUGAUUUGAUUUCUGAAAAGGUAAAGGAAUUUGUUAAUGUGUAUAUACUUUUCUUCCUGCUUAUUUUUAACAUUCAUCUUCAUCAAAUAUUCAGGAUAUCCAUUGUCAGGGAGAACCAUAGUGAUUAAUUGUUUCUUCUUGUGUGUUAAAAAAUCAUGUUCUUUCUAAAGACAAAGCAGUCUGUGAUACCAGUGUUAUAUGUAUAUGGUGGUUUAUACGUUUAAGAUGCUUACCAGUAUCUGGGUUUUUUGUAAACUGUUGUUUAUGAGUUAUACAUCUUGAUAAGCAUCACUUCUAGGAAAGGGAGCUUGUUAUCAUUUCUGUUGUGAAAUAUGUCAUUGAUUAUUGUCUACUCAAAUGGUUUAUUAAUUCUGGAAUCUUUGUUUAUUAUAAAUUUAUCAGCAACAUAUCUGAACCAUCUUGGUUCUUAGAACAGCUAUUUUCAGAAUGGUAUAUUUGUAAAGUUUGAUAUAGAAAUCACUGAGUACUAGUACCAGAUAGGGGUCAUGCCAUAGUUAGACCUUUUUACAGUGUGGGAAUAAGUAUUCUCUUCAAAAGGUAAUCCUGCAUUUGUUUAGUAUAAACAAGAAUUUGAAAGCAGUAGAGACUUAAAACACUGAGGGCUUAGUCAGUAGAGUAACUAUCCAGGUAUGAUGCUUGUGUCCUGCUGUCUUGUAAAUGUUCUUAACUAUUAUUAUUAGCUAUUAACUAUUAUUUUACUGUUUAA